UUGUUAUUACUACUGAUGUUCAUCGAUUUGAUAAUUGAUAACCUGUUGUAUUCUUCUUGAUUCUGCAUUUUGUAUAAAGUAAAUAUUUCUUUUGCGUAUAUUUUUUGUGAGUGUUAUGUUACACUUUACAUACUUGUUAUCAGGGUUGGGCAUAGUACACUAAAAAAUAAGUACAAUAAGCUUUUUAUUUCUAUUUUUUAUUUGCUUUCUUUAAUACUAACAUUUCAAAAGUACGGUCAGUGAGAUUUUGUUUGCCAUCGAUUGACAAUUCCAAAAAUAGUACUCACUUAAAUAUUGCAUUACAGUUACUCAAAUGGGAGUACUCACUUAAAUAUUGCAUUUCAAUAACUCCAACUUAGUAACAUUAGUUCAAUUUUACAAAUAAACUUACAAACUAACACUUAACUUAUCCAUGCUUACGUAUCGUCGGCUUAGCUUUUCCUUAUAAGCUAGAGAUAUUGCACAUAUGUAUGUAACAUAUGUAUAUACCUUUGCUAGCAUAAGUGCUCAUUAGAAUUUUGUCACUUUGUUUUGUAACUCUUUUGCUUGAAUGUACUUACAGUGGGGAGCAAAACCGAGAACAUAUUUGCUUUCUUCAGGUAUUAGCAUUGAUUUUCAUGAUACAAUUUUUUCGAUAGGUUUUUUGAAAGUUUGAUGUUGACUCUUUAUUAUACUAGCAUUGAAUGGACUAUAAAACUGCAUACCCAAAAAUAUUAUAAAUGCUCUUAUUAAAGUCUUUGAAAUUUGUACGAAAAUUUUAAAAUUGUAUCGUGAAAAAAAUGCUAAUGUCUCAAAAAGGCAAACAUGCGUUCCUUUCUGCUCCCCAGUGUGCAUUUGAACAUUCACACAAACAUAUGUACUACAUAAUAACUAACUCGCUUUACUACUGAGCUCCGUUGUAAUUUUAAGAGUGCCAAAUUAAGUAGCAAGACACCAAGAAAUCACAAUUUAAUUCAUAAAGAAGGGUGUGAGUUUAACUAGCAAAAGGAAAACAUUAAUUGUGAACUAUUGUACUUGUCUAAAUGUCUGUUCAUGUUUCCGAAACCGAUUUUUCUGCAGACGACAGUAUUGAAGAUCUGGACUUUAAUACUACUGGAAGUAAACGAAAGAGCUCAUUAAGUGCGAAAUCAGGACCGGCCCUAAAAAAAGUCCGUGUGAAUUCACAAAAAAUUAUUUUCAAAGAAGAAUUUUACACAGAAGUGGAAAAAAUUUCCGAUAAGACAACUUGUGCUAAGUGCGUUGCAUGUCAUCGAGUGAUUAGAGGAAGCGGUGAAGUGAAUUCAAAUUUCAUCAAACAUUUGCAAGUCAAGUGAAUGUUUUAAAACAUACAAAAGUUAUAAAAUAGGUAGCCCUUUUGGCGGUAACAUGCAAUCUGAGUUCGAUGAUCUUUUUCAAAGUACAGGUAUGAAGGUGAUGUGUAGGCAAACAGCGGCUAAGAAAUUGGAAACAAAAUAUACCAUCAUGAUGGAAAAUGUAAAAGAAAACAUGGUUUGCUCUAAAUAUUUCUGUACUACAGCAGAUGUUUGGUCUGGAAAUCAUAGAAGCUUCCUUGGAUAUACGUGUCAUUGGCUUACAGACAAUUUCGAACGCAAAUCGGCAGCUUUGGCAUGUAGAAGAAUUUGUGGAGCACACACCGCGGGAAAUAUUGCUCAGAUGAUUACUGAGAUCAACACUGCCUUUGGUUUGAACAGCUCAAACAUUGUCUUGACCAUUACGGACAACGGUUCAAAUUUUUUAAAAGCGUUCAGAGAUUAUGGUGUGGGAAAUGACUUUUUCGAAGAUGAAAUUAAUGACGAAAUGCCAGACUUUGAUAAUGAAAGUUUGUUGCCCACACAUCAGAGAUGUUGCAGCCAUACUCUGAAUUUGCUUGCUUCAACCGAUUUCGAUAAAAUUUUAAAAACUGAGCAGCCACUGUAUAUCCAGCAUAAGAUGACAUUCGAUAAAUGCUACAACUUGUGGAAGAAGUGCAAGUGGCCAAAGUCGUCGGAAAUAAUUGAAGGGCAUCUGGGAUCAUCGUUGUUAAAAAACUACUUUGCUACAAAGAAAAAUUAA